UGGCUUCCAUAUGAAUCAAAAGUGAUGUUUCUCUUGGACUUGAUUGAUAAUCUUCCCCGCCUACGGAUAUCAAGCUCAUUGAUGCGUGUCCUAUUGUGGGUUCUGAAGGAGAUGGGAGUGCGCGAUGUACCAUCCUUGGAUCGGCUGCGAAAGGUGCAGAAACGGCUUCGAGGCUCAAGCGGUGUCGCGUCGCUUGAUUGUGUCUCAGUUCGUGGCAAUCGGUUCACAAUCAACGACCCUGUCGAAUUGGUCGCAAAGGACUAUGCAAAUCCACUCACCGUUCCGCACCUUGAGCGCUACAUUGUCGACCCAUGCGGGAAGAUCAGUGAAGUCUUUCAUGCCCAGAAAUGGCAUCACGACGUACCAUCGCACAUCCUGAGUCCUAUGUACAAUGACCGGCAGCGAAAUCAACACUUCUAUGUCAACGAGUUGGCUUGUAUGCAAGAUGGGACCUUCGUUAUACCCGUUCGGUGGGUGAUGCGAAGCGCAGGCGAUCUCCGAGCUGACGCGUAUCGCGUGAGCAUAUCCUUUAUCUUGAUGACGACUCCGCCUCUUCCAAUAGACUCUGUUGAUGCCGAAUACCCAGCAAAGAUGCCAAACCCUCUUCGUGAUAUUGCCAAGGGACGCCCGCUCUACACCAGCUUCAUCGACUAUUUCAGCGACGAUGUCUCAGGAAAUCGCUCAAAAUCCUGGAACAAGCACUGGAAUGCGUACAUGACUCAUCGGAACCUUCCGCGCCGUCUACUUCAACAAGAGUUCCAUACUCAUUUUGUGUCGACCUCGCAGCAUGCAAGCAUCGCGGAACAGUUCUUCGAAGCUAAGAAGCGAUUAGAAAUCAGAUCGACGCACACCAACCCCGUCAUUGUCUUUGAUGCCACAACGCAAGAGGAGGCUGCCCUUCGCAUCUACGCAAAUGCAGAGGCGUCAGACAAUCCCGUGUCCAGUGAGGUCGCGUCGCACAUAGGCGGGCAGGGGAAUCUUCUCUGUCGGAAGUGUGAUGCUGGCGGGACUGACAGAGAAAAGGAAAGUAAUGAUGGAUUCGAAAAGCUUUUCUCCCCCGGCAACUUACGGAACAAGGAUGCGAUCAUAGAGCAACUCAUACACCAGAUAUUUGAGGCCUGUUCUGGAGUCGCAAAACGUGUUCAGACAUCGCAGACGGAGACUGGAGUCAAGGACACUUACACGCAAUACUUCAUUGAGAAGAUCAUUGACGAAGCCCGCACCCUUCGGGAUAUGCAACCUGAGAUGACUCUCGAUGAAGUCCAGCAGUUCCUAUGGGCGAAGCAUGAGCCGAACAUGAAGGAGAUGCUCAGUCCGUUUCUCACCCUGGAAGGUUUCGACCCGUCGCAGGAUACCCCUAUCGAGCUUCUACACACAAUCCUGCUUGGUCUAGUCAAAUACGCCUGGCAUCCGACGCACACGAAGUGGAACACCAAACAGAAACAGACAUAUGCUUUACGCCUCCAGGCAACAAACCGGGAUGGUUUGUCCGUCCACCCUAUUCGCGCUAACUAUGUCAUGCAGUACGCAAACUCCUUGAUUGGUCGCCAGCUGAAGACAAUCAUCCAGACCGCUGUCUUCCAUGUCCAUGACCUCGUAGAUCCAACAGAAUUUCAGCUAUGGAAGGUCGUCGGAGAACUCGCUGUGCUUUUGUGGUUUACGGAGAUAUCAGAGACGAACCUCGAGCAAUAUCUGGCUGAUGUGCAGGUUGCGAUUGCCAACGUCCUCGACGUCUUUGCAGGAAUGGACCCGAGCAAACUGUUAGAGAAGAUCAAGUUACAUCUACUCAAUCACAUUUGCAAGGAUAUCCGUCGAUUUGGUCCUCUGCUGAACGAGAUGACAGAGUCCUUCGAGUGCUUCAACGCCAUCUUCCGUGCGUGUUCUGUUCUAUCAAACCAUCUCGCUCCAAGCCGUGAUAUUGCGAACCAAUUUGGCGACCUCGAGGGCUUCAAGCACCGCUUGACUGGUGGGUGGUGGGCCGACGAUGAAGGCGGAUGGAUCCGUGCUGGGACUGGAGUACGGGACUUCAUGCAGACGCGCCCCAUGCUCCAGACACUACUCGGGUGGUCUGAUCCUGAGGGGCUCGCACCAGGCACUAUCAAGCUCGCGCCUCUUCCUGCUGGUUGUCGCCACCGCCCGGAAGUCAACCUCCUCGAGACUGACGCCGCGCAUGCGUUGAAUCUCGGAACGUAUGAAGACACAACUCGCUGGCUUCGUUGCACAUCUGCCGUCUCACAGAGCAGUGACGAAUGCUUCCUACAGUCGUGGAUAUAUGCUGACUCCCCAAUCGAUGGACAACCAAUAACUGGGCGCAUUGCUGGCAUCUUCGCGCGUGGUAUGCCGAACGCCGAGGAAGCAAUUGCUGUCCUUGACGUAUACCAUGUCUCGUCUCAGCGUCAUGAUGUCUAUGGCAUGCCUGUCCUAAUCCGGCGGCAAGGAGAGGCUCAAUCGGUGAUUGUACUCGUCAAGAACCUCAAGUUCAAGUACAACGUUCAGCACGACUGCGCAAAUGGGAGAUGUUCUCCCAGUGGCGCACGGCCGCGUAUGCAAGAACGACGGGCCACAACAAUCAUGGAAGACUUCAUUGAACACGGUGAACUCGAUCAUUGGAUCAUCAACACCCUCAGCUUCCAUAAUGCGCACUUGAUACGGGACAUGUUACCGCGCUCGCUCUGGGCGCCCAUUGCACUCCACGAAGACCGAGAGGUCAAGCAUAUCGAAUUUGCGACAGCCUUACGAGAGCAACGACACACGAAACGCGCAGCGCAGAAAGCGAAGGCUGAAGCGAAGAAAGCAGCAAACCAAGCCGAGCGUGAUAAUGGGAUGGCAAACGGCGAGCCGAGUCGUCCGAGAAAACGCAAGCGACAGUCCGGGGUUGAUAUAGGAAUGGACAUAGAUACUUGACUGAUAUCACUACGCUUACGUGCAUGUAGUCUACACCGGGAUUCAAUGAUAACCUGCAAGGUGUUUGCGUC